UAUAAUAUUCCUGAAUUUUUAUUUAUCUAGGUAUACGAUGGGCUCAACAAUAGUGCACCUCUAGUGAUGAAUCAGUGUCAUACCUUCAUGCCUCCUGAUCCUGUGUUCUCCACUGGAAAUUCAUUAUACUUAGAAACAAAUAUGACAAAUGGUCUUGGAUUAUUUUAUAUGAACUAUAUGACAACAGAUCAGUCUCGUGGUUGUGGAGGUAGUCUGUUUGCUGAAAGAGGUGCUGUUUCAAGCCCACUCUAUCCUCUGCCUCUUAACACUACAUCUAAUUGUGCAUGGUAUAUCGGAGUUCCAGGUUACCACACUGUGAACUUGGCCUUCGUGAACUUCAACUUAACUUCGGCAGCAGGCUGUACCACCAACUACCUUGAGAUUUAUGAUGGUCAGUCAGGUGAUAUUUCAGAAAGAGUUGUUAGAUAUUGUGGUUCU